AUUCACCACAACCGAAAGGGGAGGGACUCGGACUACACGGACUACAGGCAUGGGCGUUACUAACAAAAAUUUCUACUUAAGUUUCACAAUCGUGACAGGACACUGCUCACAAUAAAAAAAAAUCAUGACGGUGUAAAUCGAACAAGUCAGAAACGUUUUGGUUCACUGCAAGCAAGGUUGUCUCUCCUAUUCUUCGUUUAUUUUGCAGUUCGCCUUCUGCUGGUGAACCAGAGACUCAUCGCGGGAGGUCGUCCACACCACCAGGACUGCUCUUGAAACAGCUGAGCAAUAAGAACUUGAGCAACUUCAUCCUCGGCAACAAACUUCAUCGCGGCAGCAUUCCGGUGCGAGAUUUACCCACGGCAUGGAAAUCGGAUUCUAAACCGCCUAUGGAAUAUGUUUGCAGCGCCGAAGCUGCACACGAUUUGUGGAUGAGCGUUGAUUUUUUCGAUGAUGCGAUUAUAGCGAUUCGUAUUCUGCUUGUCUUACUUUGAGCUACGUUUUUGAGCAAAAAUAACGGCUCGCUAGCUACAAAUUCCCCCUUGCCAUAGAAUCCGGUUUUGCACUUGCAUAUCCUGUCGACUCCCAACAUCCACACGGACCAAACGUCCAUUCUGGCGUCGCAAACUCCCACGCCAAAUCUGAACAACGAGGAGGACAAUUUGCAGCUGAAAAUAAAUAACCAGGACGAAACAAGCAUGCUGGAACAAACCGGCGGGACCCGGGUCGCGCAGCCGAUCUACAACCUGGAUCCAAACCAGAUGAAAAAGAUCGAGCAAGCCGUGCAUGGGCAGUUGUUGGUGACCAGUGGCGCGGCUAAUGCUGGCGGGAACAAUGGAAGCAGUGGCGGCGGUAAUAAUCUUCAGCAACAAGGCGGCGGUGGAUCAUCGCAGCCGGGAAUGGCGCAUUUGCCCCCAGUACGAUUUCCGAUCAUACUUGGACAAUAAAUACUUAAAUCGAUGCUUGCUUAUUGGUCAUGAUUUCCUUUCCAAGUACGUGGUGUUGAUGACAAGACAUAAAGCAGGAGAUGAUCAUCAGGGCGUUCUUUGAUGUGAGGCGUCCUCAUGAGCACAGCUUCCACAUAAAAUGACCCAGGGCCAAUCCAUGAGCAGCAUGUCGACUGCCAGCGCUCUGGGAAACGCGCACCCAAGCAACCAUUCUCUGUCCGAGAUGCUGAUGAGUAUCAGCGGCGGUGGUCAUCAUCUGCAAGUCUCGCAGCAGGGAGGUGGUGGUCAACAUCUGCAGCAUCAAAACGGCACUGUUGUCCCCGGUCAGACGACAAAUCCAGGCCUGGUGUCAACCUCGACGUCCAUUCAGGACCUGCAGAGCUUGCUGCCCGGUACUACGAUAGUCGCGUUUUCAUGCAUGCAUGAUCUCGUUCUCAGCCUUUAUUUACUUGUUCGGUUCGUCAAGCAGCAUGUGAAAUCAUGAUACGUUUUGUGACAAAUCAGGCUCCACCAACCGGUCUAGUCAGAACUUGCAAGCGCUCCAGCAGCAAUCACCCGGGAAUCCGGAACAGAUGCAGAGGGCGCUCCGGGAUCUCAUGGACAGCGCACAAGGGGGAUACAACAACCGACAGGUAUUUAAUAUUUUUGAGAGGCAGUUUCUGUACAAGUACAACCGACGAGAAUGUUGUAGAUGAUACGCAAACAGAAGAGUACAACAUUGGUAAAGUCAUACCAUACGAAGAAAUCGACAAAAUUAAAAUCAGAACCUCAACCUCUCCCCCCAACCGCAAACCUCGCCGACGACCGCGGAUCAGCUGCAAUCGAACUCCCAGCUCUUGCAGCAACUGCAGCAAGGCUUGGUGGGACAGCAACUUCGCCUGGCGAACCACGGCAACAUCAAUGCAGGCGACAGUCAGCAGCACCAGUUGCAACAGCACUCACUACAGCACCACAACCCGCAGCAAUUAUUUGUUUUUGACCAGAACUCGCAGAAAAUGAUGCCUCUGGUGCGAAACAACGCUGGUGGAGUGGUGCAGAUCGGGAUAUGCAUUGCCAAUGUGUCUGGGUGGUCUCCUGGAAGGAUGUUGCCAGUUUUUCCAUGCUUGUCCUCUGGCAUGACUGACGAGUUUGUGAUGGUGCGUGUCGUGUCAAAGAAAUUCUUCUGCAUUCUGAUUCUUUUUCUUCCAGACUUAGACAUGUUUCCAUUCAAUACGGGAAUACUCUGUACAAUUUAUCGGCUUCGGGCAACAAUUAUGCACUGCAAAAGCAUCGUACUCGUAUAAAUGCAUUACAAAUUUCCUCAGCAUGAGAAAGAAAAUUUGUAAUGCUGAUUUGCCUUGACAAAGAAAUUUGUAUAUGCAAGACUUGCAUUUGUACGAGUACGAUACUUUUGCACAGGAUAACAAUCUGUUGAACCAAUCGUCCGGCACACCGAGUUAUGCAUUGCAAAAGCAUCGUACUGGGUAGUAAUUGCAUUACAAAUUUGCUUUAGCAUCACAAGUGAAAUUUGUAAUGCGGUUUUACCUUAGGAAGGAGAUUUGUCAUGCAUAAGUAACUGCAAUCACUACGAGUGCGAUACUUUUGCAGAGCAUACGAGUUCCUCCUCCCAGGAUCUCGUCGGCUUGGUCCAGCAGCACCAGCAGCAUAUGCGUUGCAAAUAUGUCUGCGUCUGGAAGGUUGGAACCUGUCAUGCUAAAUCUGAAUCAUGUAAAAAUCUGUGUUGCGUGAUUACCCAAAGCUGCCCACUUGUGACCUAAUCGAGAUGCAGUUUCUCAUGCAGAAUAGGCAUCGUAAAACUAUCAUAGAAUCUGUUAUGCUAUGUCCUACAUACCAGACCUCAUGGGUCAUGGACAACCUGCGUGACAAGUCUGGCACUCUUCCAGACCCAGACAUACUGGCAGUUGAUACAGCAGAACUCGAAUUCCAACCACAAUCUGUUGAACCUCUCGCAGCAGAGCGGAGGUACUACUAGCGGGGGGCACCCGCACCACCAGCAGCAGUUUCACCUUGGAACCAACGCGCAGGGGCAGCUGACUCUGAUGGCGACGACGCCAGGGACGAGUAAUUCUCUGCAUCACCAGCACAAUUCUACUUCGGGGAACAACAUUUUGAACUCUUCUGGGGGUGGUACUAACACUUCAGCAUCCGGGGGUGGUCUUCAUCAGCACGCGCAACUCUCUUCUGGCCUGCAGUCGCUGCAGAACAGUAACGAGAAUAUGCAAAAUUUGCUGUUGCAAAGCGGACCGGACGGACAGCUAGUGUUGCAGCAUCAGACGAGCGGAUUGAGUUCGACUCACCCCGGAAAUAACGCGGGUGCGCACCACCAGCAUCAUCAAGGGACGACCACCACUACUGUGAAUAGCCACUGGAUUCCCACCUCCAGACCCAUCAUUCUCCGCACCGGGGGGGUCGGGCAGAGCGAGCACGUGGUCCAGAGCACCGCGGGGUUAGGUGGAGGGGGUGGGACAACGACAACAAAUCAUCACGGGUCCUCCGCGGGGAAUAGUAAUCUACUUUCCUAUCACUCCAGUUCUUCCCCCGAAGACCAACUGUACAGUAGCUCGUUUCACCAUCAACACCAGCACACUUAUCAAAAGUAAAAAUGUCUGGGUCUGGAAACUUGUGAUGCUGGGUGGCGUCUCAUGAUGAGGCUACAAAUGCUGGCUCAGCAUGACAAGUUUCUGAGCUCCUAGGUGUUGCCUAUUCUGCAUGACAAACUGCGCUUCUGCAUCACAGAAAAACGAAGCUCUUGGGUAACUUGCAUGACAGAUUUAAGAGUCAUGCCAGACAAGAAUGACAAACAUGAAUUCUUCCAGACCCAGACAUUUUUACAGUUGAUAACACUGCAGCAGCUGCGAUUGACCACCAGAACCGGGUGAUAUUACAGCAACAAUUCAAGAACAAAGAGUUUAUCUAUCAAAUGCAAAAAUGUCUGGGUCUGGAAGAUUGCCAGGCUUGUCCUCAUGCAGUUUUUCCAAGCUCCCCCACGUCUGGAAUGCAGGGCCUAGCAUUACAGGUUCUGCAGCUCCUUGGUGAUGCGUAUUCUGCAUGAGAAAUCGACUCACAGCAUGGCCAGAAGUGGGCACCUUUUGCACGUUAUGCGUCACAGAUCUUUGUAGGAUCCGAAACACGCAUCACAAGUUCGGAGCCUUCCAGACCCAGACAUUUUUGCAUUUCAUAUUAUCGGGAACGCGACAAUUUUACCGCCGGGCGCCAUCAGUCGGGCGAACUCGUUGCAGAACAAGGGGAAUUACACACCUGGUGCGGGUGGUGGAGCGGCUGCGGUAUGGAACGAAAAAACUGUGUCAGUGUAGGUGUCUUCGGGUCGUGACAGCAUGACAAAUUUUUUCUGCAUGACACAGAAAUCCUGUCAUGCAGAAUUAGUACGGGAAAACUAAACACCUGCGCCAUAGGACUACUUCAUGGCUAGCUAGCAUGACCAGUGUAACAGUGUUGCAUGCUUUGCAUGACAGACUUACACUUACACAGUUUUUUUCUUGCAUAUGCGGGGUCUUCGUCGUACCAGCACGCGGGCGCGAUCCACUUGGACGACUUGUAUCAUAGCGGUAGCAAAGGACCGGGCGCUCCUGGUUCUGCGCAGCAUCACAUGCACGUCGAGCACUCGUUUCCCCAGCCACCGAGCCCGAAGGGAGCAGCUGCGUAUAAUAAUCUUCGGAAAAGCAGCGGGGGAGGAAAGCACGCGUAUAAAAAUGCAAGCGACCCCCGGAACAACGGGGAUCAAGUUCAAGAUUUCCGAGAUGAGUUGUGGGAGAGUCGAAACAGCGAUCAACAGCAGCCGAACCAGCAAAGUGGUCGAAAGAGCCGAGGAAAGAAGGGGAACAGAAAGGAUUCAGGUUCCAAGGGCAAUUCGCGGGGCUCUCGCAACGAACCCCGAAGCUCGGUCGAACAGGACCAGCUGGAUUUCGACGUGGACAAUGAUGCAGACUGGCCGGCAGUAAUUCUGCCCGGAAAGCAAGACCCCUCGACGACUCGGGGAUCUUCAUCGGGCGGAAAGCAAGGGAUGAAGCCCGGUGCGUUUCAGCAUCUGGAGCACGAUCCGUACUACUUUCACACCAACCCGGUUUUCGAGCAAUUCUAUGACUGGGAAAGGCUCGAGCAGAUGCGCGCGAUACAACAGCAGCAGGGUGCAGCUGGGACGGGCACGGGUGGUACUUCUGCAGGACAGUACCCAGGUACUAGUUCAGCCGCAGCCGGAGGUAAUUUUCAAAAUCAUGUCGCGCACCACGCGCCGUUACCGCCGGUGCCACCCCCGGCCAUGGUUCCGCCGUAUCACGGUGGUGCUCCUGGAGUAGACCUCGCCUAUGGGUUCGCGCCGGGGACAAGAACCACGAGCGGUGGGAGAGGUUACGGAAAGUCCGGCCCGGACCCCCUGAUGGAUCGAAAAGGAAGCACGAGUAAGCAGGGAGCUGCUGACGGGGGGAAAAAUAACUCUCGUGGAGGUUCCAAAGGUGGUGGUGGGGGGCCGCCGCCCAAUCGGAACCGGAAAGGCAGCGGUGGCGGCAAGCAGGGCGGAUCAACAUCUUUUGGUGCGAACCAGGACGGUGUCGGUGGAACAAGAUCCUCAAGCAGCUCCUCUUCUUCCGCCCGAAAUAGUACAACCGGACCGCUGCCGAAACUAGGAAACAACGAGUUGCUCCACCAACGGAGCAGCGGGUCCAGCAAGGACAACAAAAGCGAUGGACAUGGUCGCAAUCAUUCGAAGAAACAAGGAAGAGUACAACUACAUGAAGGCUCGGGUUCCCGCCGGGACAACUCGAAGCGCGAGUCGAAGAUGUCCAGUUUGGACACAUAUGCAUUGCAAAUAUGUCUGGGUCUGGAAGAAUGGAAGUUUGUCAUGCUUGUCUCUCAUGACUCCUAAGUCUGUGAUGCAUGAGCAGGAUGAGAGUCCCUUUCCUGUCAUGCAAAAACACAGCUUGCCAUGCAGAACUCGCAACACAUAGCAGCUCAAGAACUUGUCAUGCUUGGCUGCGUAUUGCAGUGUGUCCACCAUUCCCAAGCCAGCAUCACAAGUUUCCAGACCCAGACAUGUUUGUAUUUGAUAACGCAAACGGUGGUGAUCAAGAUCAUAUCAUCGACGCGGCACAGGGGAAUGUGAACGGACGGAGGGUCACACACCAUCGGGGCAUUGAGUAAAUUAAUACUUUACUUCUACUGUUUCUCUUUGUCUUUCUCAUGCGACAAACUUUUUCUCUUUCUCAUGCGGGAUCGGAUCGAUUGAUUCCUAUCACAAUGACUCAAUGUGAAAAUCCUAAAAAGGUACAAGCACAACAAAGUGCCCCGCAACAAGGAUCUCCUGGCGGAAUACGGCCAGACGCUGUCCGAAAAACCCAUCACGACGCUGAUGAUCCGGAAUAUUCCCAACCGGUACACGCAACCCCAAUUUGUUCUAUGCAUUGCAAAUAUUUCUGGGUCUGGAAACUUGUGAUGCAAGAAAGGGAAUAGUGAGCGCACUGUGAUGCGCUGCUCAGCAUGACAAGUUUUUCCGUGGUUCUGAGUUGCGUACUCCGCAUGAGAAACUGCGUUUUUGCAUGACAGAGAAGAGGAGCUCUUCGCGGCCAUGCAAUACUUACAGAGUUCAGAGUCAUGCCGAACUAGCAUGACAAAUCUCGUAUUCUCCCAGAUCCAGACAUAUUUGCAUUUGAUAUGUUCAGGAACUCGACAACAUCGGGUUUGCGAAACAGUACGAUUUCGUGUACCUCCCGAUCGACCGGAGCACAGAAUCUUCUGUGGGCUACGCAUUUGUCAAUUUCAAAAAGGCGGCAGACAGUGUGCGGGCGCUCAGUGUUUUCGGGGAGUACCGGUUUCACAGGUACAUAGCUCUUGAGCGUAGUGGUUUUUUGAUGUCAUGCAUGAGUUGUUCGCGCACCGCUGUCCUAUUGGGCUGUAGUUGUGCAGCUUUUGCACGUAAUGUUCCAACGGCAAGAGAAAAUGAUGAACCACCUCUGCAAACAAAAACCCCAGGUAUCGCAACGUUUCUUCUAAAGUGGGCUCGGUUUCCAUCGCGCACAUACAAGGCUUGGAGAAUAACAUCGCGCACUACAAGAAAUCGGUGAUCAACGAUACGAAGAACCGGUUUCGCCCGCUGGUCAUCCGGGAUGCGAAGCAGAUGCGGGAGCAGCGGGAAAAGCGGAUGUUGAACAAUAACAAUAAUUCUGCGAACAGCAAGAACAGCUGCAACCAAAACAGUGACCAACUCGAGCGAUUGGAGGACCAUGUUGAUGUGCUGGUUGAGGAGGAGGAGGAGAAUGACGUUGGUUCCGGCGGGUCGCGAAACGCCAGUAGAACACAGAGCAAGGUGGACGACAGCGCGAAAGCAGAAGAUACCUUUGCCAACAAAAAUGAUGAGGACCACUUCCACGCGUCUUCCAAAAAUCCGCCCAAGCAAAAGGUUGCCGGUGAGGCGAAGGAAGACGCAGAUGAGAAUUCAGCGCCGGUGAAGAACAAGGCCGGCAGUGAGGACAUGCUUCUGCUCGACGAGCCUCCGGAGCCGACCACCGUGUCGACCAAGCCCCAGGACGAUUUUCCGGAGCCGAGCGAAGCCGGUCAGCAGGACGAGUUGGCGAGCAUGUACGAGCACAACGAUACCCUCAACAAGAACAGCAAGGGUGAGGACAACACGCAGCGCAGCUUGUCGGAGACCAACGAGCUAGGUGGAGCUCCUACCGCAGAAACGGCGACGGCGGGCGAGCCCGUUUCCUGCAACUUUUAG